GGUAUGUGGCAUAGUGGCACUGACAACUUUCAUAAAAAUAAGAUGCUAUAUCAGUUUCUCUUCUAAUUCAAGAAGUGUCCUUAUGUGUCUUAUUGUGAGACUUUAUAUCACAAAAGAGUGAAGCAGCCUUCAUUCCCAUGUUUGAGGGUUUAUAACACAUUCUUUAGACAGAUGUGAUUUUAAAAAAUCAUGCAAAGCUGUGCAAAACAUGUUCCCCACUGUCAGAUCAGCUGCAAUACAUUCUAGCUUGCCCCAACACCAAUUUUUUUUUUUUUUAUAAAGAACAAAUUCAGCCUGCAUUCAUUUCAUUGUAUCAUACUUUAUCAUGUGUAUUUAUUCAUUUUUAUGACUGAUGUAUAUGGCACUUUUGCUUGUUGCUUUUCGAUUCUAAAUGCUGACAGUGAUGCUCCAGCUAAAAGAUCAGAACUGAGGCCAAUUUCCUCUCUUUUGAAACAGCUUCUAUAUGUAACAUUGAACAUGCCUGCAUAAUUUCAUCACACCACAGUCAAUGGACAUUAUCAAAUGAAAUUGCAUUCAUAUGCAAGAGCUAAAUUACUUGAUUGAAGAUGGGAUUGGCCAAAUCUCUGAUCUGUUUCACUAUGUUUUUCAGCAUGGAGUGAAAAUCUAAGAAUUCCAAGCGAGAUUCGUCAUAACCUAUAACUUGCCAACUAGAAAACUAGCAGAAACUCAAUCAAAGAUGGAGAAAUCACCUCGAAACCCAUGGUGCUGUUCCUUGGACCCUGGAGUGUGGGUAAAUCCUCCAUGAUCAACUAUCUGUUGGGUCUGCAGGACACUCCCUACCAGUUGUACACGGGUGCUGAGCCCACUACCUCAGAGUUUACCGUCAUCAUGCACGGCGAUAAGAUCCGUACGGUGGAGGGCAUAGUCAUGGCUGCUGACAGCUCUCGCUCCUUCUCUCCACUAGAGAAGUUUGGCCAGAACUUUUUGGAAAAGCUUAUAGGCAUCGAGAUGCCCCACAAGCUCCUGGAGCGGGUGACUUUUGUGGACACACCUGGAAUAAUUGAGAACCGCAAGCAGCAGGAGAGAGGCUACCCAUUCAACGAUGUGUGCCAGUGGUUUAUCGAUCGAGCAGACCUGAUUUUUGUGGUGUUUGACCCCACCAAGCUAGAUGUAGGCCUCGAGUUGGAAAUGCUCUUCAGACAGUUAAAAGGUCGAGAGUCCCAGAUCCGUAUCAUCCUCAAUAAGGCUGACAGUUUGGCGACCCAGGAUCUCAUGCGCGUCUAUGGCGCUCUCUUCUGGAGUCUGGCACCCCUUAUUAAUGUGACCGAACCACCCCGUGUCUAUGUCAGCUCUUUCUGGCCCUAUGACUAUGCCCCUGACACCAGCUGUGAACUCUUCAAACGUGAAGAAAUAUCUUUGCUAGAAGACCUUAACCAAGUGAUCGAGAACCGGCUGGAGAACAAAAUCGCCUUCAUCCGACAACACGGCAUCCGCGUCCGUAUUCAUGCCCUCUUAGUGGAUCGCUACGUGCAGACCUUCAAGGACAAGAUGAGCUUCUUUAGUGAUCCCGAACUGGUGUUCAAAGAGAUCGUUGAUGAUCCCGACAAGUUCUACAUUUUCAAGUCUAUUCUGGCAAAAACCAACGUCAGCAAGUUUGACCUGCCAAACCGGGCUGCUUACCGCGACUUCUUCGGGAUCAACCCAAUUAGCAGCUUCAAGCAACUCUCUGCACAGUGCUCCUACAUGGGUGGGUGCCUGCUGGAGAAGAUAGAGAAGGCCAUCACCCAUGAACUGCCAGGCUUGCUCAGCAGCAUCAACUCGGGAAAGAACCCGACUCUGUCCUCUUGCGAGGCCACUGGGUGUGGGGAGAAGCCUAAGAACCGCUACCGGCGAAACUGAGAGAAGAUAGAGGUUGGAGGGAGAUUGAGGAGGAGGAAGAGUGCAAGAAUGGAGGGGAUGUGGAGUAAACAAACAGAGGAAGAGCAGUAGAGCCAAUCCUGCCCUUGCCGCAGGUCCGAGUCAAUGGAGACGGAUCUCAAGGGACUUUUUUUUCAGAAAAACUAAGAGGUUGUGUGUUGGGAAAGUUUGAGGGAAGGGGACUCAGGGUUUUGGGUGGAGGGAGUUUUUUUUGUGAAGUCUUGAGGUGGAGCUACUUCUGAAUGUGAGGGGAGUUUGCCAAAAAUAACUCUCCUCUCUUUCCGCACUACUUUUAUAAACUAUCCACAGUUUUGUAGGGAAAAUGUGUAUGCAUGUAAAACAAAAUGGCUGACACACACUUAAAACAUGUAAAAAAAAUUGCAAAAAUAAAAUAUCCAGUGACUGAAAAUGUGUUGCUGCUGUGAAUGUAUGCUGAAAUGAACUUUGCUUACAGAUGCUGUAUCCGAAAAAAUCUGAGCUUGUAAUUUUUUCAACAUAUUGACCAUACAGUAGCCUAUACAGUCAGUUCCCUGGUCGUACAUUUUUCUGAUGUCUUUAGCAUUGAUUUAAUCACUUUCAUUUGUUGGCAAUUAGUAAAUAUGGAUUUUUUUUAAUCUCUCCCUCUUAUGAGUUAUUGAUAAGCUAAGUCUCUGGGUUUUGCAAUAAAUUAUUUUUACACGGCAUGGUGUAGGAGACAGAAGAUAUUGAAGCUGCGUUUGAUUUCUCUCACACAUUUCCAUUCAUCCACUUUGUAUACAACCAAAAGGCCAAUCUUUUCAGAAUUCCACAGUUAAAGGCAAGGGUAUACUUUGUUUAUCCACGUGCCUUUACAUCUCAUGGACAGUCUAGCGCUCUAGCCUUUCAAAGCAUGCUCUUUUGACUGUGUGCCUGUGUGGAAGCGUUUGCCAUGCUAUAACUGCUUUGUGAGGCUCUUUAAGCCCAAAGUAUACUAGAGUUUUAUGCUUAUGCUAGCGUAUGAAUACAGUCAAAGAAGCUAACUUAUUAUUCUUCAUUUAACCAUGUGAGUGUAUACAGGUGGACAGAGUACAAACAUUUAGACAAAUCAUGGUGUGCGCGUACAGUGCUCGUGUACCCUGCUCAUGAUGAAUGUUACGUCCUUCGCCCUGUAUACUUUGGGCUGAACGCAGACAGUAUGUGCUUACUGAUAAUUAAAUAUUUCACAUGUACAGUGCACGAGAUGUAGCGGCACAUGGAAAACCAAAGAACACUUUUGCCUUAAUAGCCAGGUCUUAUGUAAUGGUAGGCAUUUUGUGUGUAAGAAUUAUAAUAACUCUAGAUGACUAGAUAUUAUUCAGAAGUGUUCAGGGUGAGUUUAUGUAUGCUUUAUGCUUUUCAAAUCUUUUUGCCUCAGUCAUGAUGUAUGCUGAAUCGAACAACACUUUGACUUCUCAGUGAAAAUGGGCAAACAGUUUCUAUGGGAUCGACUUUAUAGCA